UUCACAUCAUUUUCAUACCAGUCAAACCAUUAGCCUCUCGAUCUCAUGACCUUCAGUGCACGGUGAUGUUAGCCUUGAGUCACUACAACUCCUCCGCCUCCCCACUCCUCCCUCGUUUCUCUAAUAACAGCGGAGGCAGGGUGGAGGCCGGGCUGGCUGUUGAAGGCCUGUCGCAGCAGGGAAACCUCACCUUGGUGCAGCCCACCACCAGCGGCGUCAUCGUGGUCGUAUUGUCCAUGACACUUGGAAUCAUCUCCAACAUCGUGGCUCUCUUCAUCCUCGCCAAUGCCCAUUCCCGUCAGGCCCGCCGCACCAAAGCCACAUUCCUUCUGUUCGCCACGUCACUGGUGGUCACAGACUUUGUCGGCCACGUGAUCCCAGGUGCCCUGGUUCUCAGACUCUACCUGUCUGGAGGUGUGCACCCCGAGGACUUUAACUCCUCUGACAGGAUGUGUCAGUUCCUGGGUGGCAGCAUGGUGUUCUUCGGCCUGUGUCCGCUCUUUAUGGGCUGUGCCAUGGCUGCUGAGCGCUGCCUGGGCGUCACUAAGCCGCUGCUACACUCAUCCUUGGUCACCAAAACUCGUGCAAAGAUCUGCCUGUCCAUCAUCUGGCUGGUGGCUCUGUGUGUGGCCAUGCUGCCCUUCUUUCAGCUGGGCUCUUACUCCUAUCAGGAGCCGGGGACCUGGUGCUUUAUCAAAGUGCUCAGUGACACUCAGGAGGUGGAUGUGGCGUUCGUGAUUCUCUUCUCUGGACUGGGUCUGACCUCGCUGGCUGUGGCGCUGGUGUGUAACACCAUCAGCGGACUGACGCUGGUGCUCGCUCGGCUCAGGAGGCAGCCGGGUUACCAUCACUCAACCAAGUCCCAUGACAUAGAGAUGGUGGUGCAGCUGGUCGGCAUCAUGGUCACCUCAUGUAUCUGCUGGAGCCCUCUGCUGAUUUUUGGCCUGUUGACGGUGAUCCGUUCCUACACAGGAUCCAUCGGAGAGGACUUGUCCAGCUAUAAAACCCUGAUGGUGAUGGGCGUGAGGCUGGCAACGUGGAACCAGAUUCUCGACCCCUGGGUCUACAUCCUGCUGCGCCGCACCGUUCUCCGCAAAAUCUACCUCAUCGCUAAGUGCCAGGCAGGACUGAGGGGUAACAUACUGGGCCGCUGGGAGCCCACGUCUUUUCCCAGCUCAGAGAAAAAUGAAGUCAACCAGGUCUGAGCUGAGAGAGGGACUACACUUUGUGGAUGUCAAAAGGUCAUUGAACCUACGAAGAACUCUUUGAAGGAGAGACUCACGUAAAAACACGCAGAGGGAACUUUGUGGCUGCGGAGCCGAUCAGAUUAGACAGUUUGACAUUUCUUGGCUGGUCCACCUCAGAAAUGCAUAUUCAAUCAAAAUAUCUCUUUCAUACUCCAUUAAAGUUUACAACUGAGUUUAUUAUCUGACUUUACAAAUGGAUGCUAGCUAAUGCUAUGA